GAGCCAACAUCACUGAGUCUUCACAAACAUCACCAUCAGAGGAUUCAGUCUAUUUUCUUCUAAAUUCCCAACUUCGAUGGAGGUUCCAUGGCAGAAUUGGUUCUCAGAUCUGGAUAUGGAUGAGACUGAUUUCUUCCAUCAAUCUCACAAGAAUAACUCUUUUGAUGAUGAUGAUGAGUUUCUUAGGGAGAUCUUUCACCAACCUUCUUUCUCUUCCGAGAGUGACAGUACUCACUCUUCGUCUAUUCAAAAAAACACCAUCACUGCCACGUUAGAUGGCGCCGCCGCAGCCACAACCCCCACUGUUAGCAGCUUAUCUUUCGAUAAUGACUCCAGGGGGGCCGCUGGUGGUCGGCUGAUGAAGCCUGACAGCUCGAAUUCGAUCCUCUCGAAACUUGGUAGCUUCUCGGACAAACCUGUAACCUCGUUGUCCUCGUCAACUUAUAUUCUGUCUUUUGAUAACUCAACAGUAUUACCGGCCACGUCCGAUGAUGGUUACCGGAAACAAGAAUCGGCGAUGAAGAGUGCUAAUAAUCAAGAGAAAUUAGAGAGUAACAGUGCUGGUGGAGGAGAAGGAGGAGGAGGAGGCACACAUGGCCCGCAUAAACGAACUCUAGAAAACCGUAAUAGUGAGCCAAAAGCUAGUCAUGGGACGACAAAGAAGACUAGAAGUUCAUCUGAGACACUGGAUCACAUCAUGGCCGAGAGAAAAAGAAGACAAGAACUCACUGAGAAAUUUAUUGCACUCUCAGCUACAAUUCCUGGUCUCAAGAAGAUAGACAAGGCAUCGAUACUAAGCGAAGCGAUAAUUCACGUGAAGCAACUUCAAGAGAGAGUGAAAGAGUUAGAGGAACAGAACAAGAAGAUGAGUGUGGAGACAGUGUCAUACAUGCUGAUGAUGAAGAAGAAGUCAUCAUCGUCAAGCCAGCUUUAUAGCAACAACCACAAUAAUAAUGAAGAGAUUCAAGACACGACGUCGUGUGAAAUGAGCUCUGAUUAUUACUUCAGAAUGAACGAAGCACUUCCUGAAGUGGAAGCAAGAGUUUUACAAAAGGAAGUUCUCAUCAGAAUCCACUGUGAAAAUCAAAAUGGCGUUGUUCUUAACGUGUUGGCCCAGCUCCACACUCUUCAUUUCUCCAUAAUCAGUCAUAGUGUCUUGCCUUUUGGAAAUUCUGCUCUCGAUAUCACCAUUAUUGCUGAGGUUGACGAGGAACACAGCAUACCAGUGAAGGAACUCGUGAAAAAGCUGAGAACGACUCUGUUGAAGUCAGUUGAUUGAGAGCCAGAGUUAUAUAUAUAUAUAUAUAUAUAUAUGCUAGCUAGGGUAUCAACUAUAUAUAAGCUGAAUCUCCUGUUUUAAAAUUGAUUCAACUUUCGAAUAUUAUUAUAUUAACUUUCGAAGAGAAACAAUAAUAAUCAGAGAGUUUUAUCGAUCGUAUGAAUGGCAUGCAGAUUGAAUAACGUAGCUAGCUAGCUAGCUAGCUAUAUAUCGUCAUGUGGAUUGCAAAAUGUGAUAUAUCUCUUGGUCUUUGCUGAUAUAUGAAGAAUAUGCUUGAUUAUGCUGUAUAUAUCGGCCCAAUCUUACUUUGUAUUAUUAUGGAUCUGGAUC